CAACACAGAAAAACGGAAAAGAAAAAGAAAAAAAGGAAUUCUAUGUCUCCGAAGCCUUGUUAUCGUUCCCGAUUUUUAGUGAAGUACAUUGAGAGCGAAGCCAUAAUUAACUUACCUCUUCCUCCCCACUUGAAAACACCUUACGAGCGUUAGGAUUAUAAUUACAACUCCAGAUUAUUCCAGUCAAAUAUAAAGCGGCGAGGGUACUCAAAACCCCAAGGAGGAGAGAUUGAACAUACCAACCCCACUGCACAAACAAAUACAUUUUUUACAGAUUCUCAUUCUGGUUGUUUGUUGGUAGUCUUUUGUGAAGUCACAGAAAAUGAAGCCGAGGAAAAAUCCAAGGGUCUUUAUGGACAUUUCAGUUGACGGGGAGCGGGAAGGAACCAUUGUUUUUGAGCUUUUUGCAGAUAUUGUUCCUAAGACAGCAGAAAAUUUCAGAGCACUCUGCACAGGAGAAAAAGGUAUUGGGCGAACAACCAAAAAACCUUUACAUUACAAAGGAUCAAUUUUUCAUCGGAUAAUUAAAGGCUUUAUAGCUCAGGGAGGCGACUUUUCAAAGAAAGAUGGUACUGGUGGAGAAAGUAUUUAUGGUGGAAGGUUUGCAGAUGAGAAUUUCCGGUUAAAACAUGAAGGCCCCGGAAUUCUUUCAAUGGCCAAUGCGGGUGCAGAUACCAAUGGAUCUCAGUUUUUCAUUACUUUUGCUGCAGCACCUCAUCUUGAUGGCAAGCACGUUGUUUUUGGAAAAGUUAUAGAGGGAAUGGAUGUAUUGAAAAAAAUUGAGCGCCUGCCUACUGCAGAUCGAGGAAGGCCUACUGUUCCAGUUAAAAUUAUUAAUUGUGGUGAAGUGUCAGCUGGCAAGGAGAAUGGGGCUGUUGCGAAUGAUGAAGAUAAAAAGAAAGCAAAGAAGCUGAAGGGAAAAGAAGCUGUGUUAAGUGAUGAUGAUACCCGGAAAAUACGUAAACGGAGAAAGCAUAGGAAAGUGCGCAAAGACAGAAGAAAAAAGAGGAGACGCCAUUAUAUGUCUGAUUCAGAUACAUCAUCUGAAAGUGAUUCAGAAUCAGAUUCUUCCGACAGCGAGACUGAUUCAUAUACCUCAUCAUCAGAUAUCAGCUCAUCAAGUGAAGAUGAGAAAGCAAGGAGAAAGAGGAAGUCAUCAAAAAGAAAUAGACGUAAACAUGCUAAGAGGAAAAAAGACAAGAAGAGGGGGAAACGAUACAGUCGCAAAAUGAAGAGAUCCAGACGGAAGUCCAAAUGGACCUCAGAUAGUGACUAUAGCAGUGACACUGACACUGACAGUGAGAGUUAUAGUGAAAGUGAUAGUGAGAGUGAUAGUGAAAGUGACAUCAGUGAGAAAGCAAAAAAAUCCAAGACAGUUUCCCGUGCAGUAGAUAAGAUCCAUUCCUCUGGAAAGCUCCUUCCAUCUCUACCAGCUGAUGAAACGCUCGACAAGCAGGUUGUCGAGGAAAAGGCAGUUGUGGUCAAAGAUGUUUUGGAAGAAGAGGGUGAGUCGUUCAAAGAGAACCAGGAAAAAGUCAAGGUGAUGGAUGGUGUUGAAGUUAAAGCAAACAGGAGUCCAGGCUCAAGAUCUCCUCAGAGUGACGCUCCAAGCAGAUCUAGGAGUCCCAGCAGGACACCUCCAAAAAGGUUAAGUAGGAGCAUGAGUCCUAGGAGGAGUUUGAGUAGGAGCCCGAGCAUAAGCCCUCGGAGGAGCUUGAGUAAGAGUCCAAGUAUCAGCCAUCGGAGGAGCUUGAGUAGGAGCCCCAGUAGAAGUCCUCCAGGGAGUAUGAGCAGAAGCCCAAGUGCAAGCCCUCGGAGGAGCCUGAGCAAGAGCCCACCCAGGAGUUUGAGCAGACAUUCGAGGCAAAACCCACCUCUGAAUCCUCCGAGAAGUCAAAGCAGGAGUCCUAGUAGAAGAUUGUCAAAAGGCCUGAGCCGCAGUCCUUUGGUAGAAAAGAGUACAGUACCCCCUCCCAAUCUAACUCAGAGUACAGCAAGGAGUCCUAGUGCAGAGGAAACACCUAAACGUGUGAGGAGGGGUCGUGGAUUUAGCCAGCGCUAUUCUUAUGCUCGACGCUAUCGCACUCCAUCUCCAGAACGUUCGCCUCCAAGGUCUCGAUUCCCUGCCAGAAGCAUUCCAGAUAGGGACAGAUAUGCAAGUUACCGAAGUUACCCUGAACGGUCUCCUCCAAGGCACUACAGAAAUCCACCUAGAGGCAGAACUCCUCCAAGGUACAGGAGGAGCCGAAGUCGAAGCACAAGUUAUAGCCCAGUUAAUUAUCGUAAUCGGAGAAGGAAUAGAAGUCCAAGCCGCAGUCAUAGUCCUGUAGAUGAACGUCCUCGUGUGAGUGAUCAUUUACGUUCUCGGCUUGGCCCACGGGAUUCAUAUGAAAGUAGAGGGAGAAGGGGUCGAUCUCCUUCAAGGAGCAGAAGCUCAUCUGUCUCAAAAUCAUCUGAGAGCUUGGCUACAAACAAUCGAGGUGCAGCUGUGAGUGACAAAAACAAGUUAGGACGGUCCCCCAGAAGGCAACAAUCUCCAGCUUCUGUUAGCAAGUCAAGGUCAAGAAGCCGAACGCCACCAGGGAAUGGAAGUCUUGUCUCUUAUGGAGAUGGAAGUCCUGAUUCACACUCAAAGUGAUUAUGCUAUACUUUACAUGGCUUACAUCAGAUCUCAGAAAACUUUUGAUGCAUUUGGACUUUUUGCCACUUCAAACUUUUCAUGGUAGCAUGCUACUGCUGGUUCCAAAAAUUCAGAAGUGUAGGAAAAUGUUUCAUUUUGCUCUUUUGAGUGAUUUGGGUUUUUAGGAUAUUUUUGCAUUGUAAGUGUUUUGCCCUUUGGUACUCUGAAAUAUGAUUUGCUUUUUUAUUCUGUUCAA